AUGCUAAGGUUUUUUUUUUUUUUUAAUAAAGAAAAGUUAAACAAUGGCAAUUUAAUUAUUUAAGGGAGAACAAAAUUAAGGGGAUUGAUUAAUGAUUACUAAUGGCUACGAAUCCUAAGCACCACCCACUUGUGCGUUAAAUCUUGGUUUAGGUAUUUAAUUUGAUGAGAAAAAAGAAAAGAGUUGAAAUGGGAGAGAGUUGGUGUUUGUGAUAGAGACAACAAUAAUAAUGGCAUAUAGGAGAAGGCAGGUUAUAUCAAGGAGUUCCACCUUCAAGGAAGAGAUUAAUACUAAUGGUGGGCAGGAAUUAUUAGAUAAUUCAGAUGAACAAGAUGGUUCUAAUACCGCUCCUCCACUUUUGAAUUCAUUCACUUCAUCAUCAUCUAAUAAUUCCCUCGCUGCUCAGGCCAUCAAAGCCUCUGCUACUCGUCGUGAUCCCUCUCAUUCCUUGGCUUUCGCCGCCAAUUCUUCUUUAUCUCUUCAACAUGAUCAUCAUCACAGAUCCAAGAGCCUUGAUUCUUAUGGAGAUGCUUCUGGGGAUGCUUCCCCCGAUGCUUCCAAGUCUGGUUUCUGGGGCGUCCUCGCACAGAAAGCUAAAGAAAUUUUGGAGGACGACAAUCCAUCUGCACAAUCUCAUGAUAAUGACAUCAUGCCCGCCCAAAAACUCAGAUCACAGUCUUUCAAUACGGCCUUCAUCCCUGGUGCUCGAGCUCAGGAAGGUAGAACAAUUGGAGAGAGUAAGCUAAAAGGAUGUGAAGAUGCAAAUCAAUUAAUGUGGAAUCCAUGGCAACAACAAUCCGCCCAGACCCAGCCAGCUGGGCCCGCCGAUUCUCAAUAUAUCCACGAGACACAACUGAAGGCAUCUCGCGACGUGGCAAUGGCAACAGCUGCGAAAGCAAAGUUACUUCUGCGAGAGCUAAAAACGGUGAAAGCAGAUUUGGCUUUUGCUAAAGCACGGUGUGCUCAACUAGAAGAAGAAAAUAAACUACUCCGUGACAAGGAGGGUCGCGAGAAGGGACAGAACCGUGCAGAUGAUGAUCUGAUCCGGCUUCAAUUGGAGACACUUCUUGCGGAGAAGGCUCGAUUGGCAAGUGAGAAUGAGGUGUAUUCUCGUGAAAACCGUUUUCUACGGGAAAUUGUGGAAUACCAUCAGCUGACAAUGCAGGAUGUGGUGCAUUUCGACGAAGGCAUGGAAGAAGAGGAUGAUAUUUAUGCACCCAUAGACACCACUCAAAAUGGAAAUAUGAUUCCCUUGAUGCUGUCCCCGCGCUCACAAUUAUCAGGUCGAUCCAUGAACUCAAAAUCAAUAUUUUCUGUGCCACAACAACAGGAUCAGAAUGAAUCAUCACAAGAUGAAGCUCCUCCUGCUCCUAGUAUCCCGCCCUCAGAGUCUAAUGAUCAGCAUGCAAAAUGAUCCAUCCUUUUCGUUACUAUAGCUUAGCCUAAUUAGACGGGUUUCUCAAUUACAAUAUUCUUGAUCCUGAAAUCAUUACAUACAUAAUCAAUGCAUGCAUUGCAAAAUAGUAUACAUUUUCUCUGUUAUAUAUGAAUACCAAAUUAAGGGGAAAAUAGGCUGCAUAGCAUGGGCUGAGAAUUAGUCAUCAUUGUUCUGUUCCCAACUAUAUAUAUAUUUGUUAAUUAAUUGUCAAUUUCUUCUUUAUUAUAUGGCUUUAUUUUA